AUGGGACUCUUUGUCAAACAGCUACUGUUUUUGAACAGGGCGUCUGAGAUUGGCCACGGGGUUGUUGGCGGAUUGAAUUGGCCACAAGUGAUUGUUUGGAAAUGGCUGCGACAUUUUUUGGAAGGGACAAAAGCUGACACACUCACUCCAGGUGUGACGCUGAGGACAGCGCACACAGCGCGAACCGCGCGCACGGGGCGCACGGCGCAGACCGGCAAUACGCUCCUCAGUCGCAUCACGAACUUGAAGGACUCCGACAACUUUCAAUACCACCCGGCAGCCAUGGCCGCGCUGGAACCUCGAGUAGCGCAAAGAUCUGGGCUGUCGAGUGGUGAAGUAGAGGAAGCAGAGAGCAUACCGAAAGAUACCAUUCUUCCAGCUUUGAUGAUAAGCCUUUGCUGCUUUAACAACACGGAGUACCACGGAUGGAACUCUGCGAUGGCUAUCGGUUUGGCUCAAUCGGCCGGAGAUUUGUCGGCGGCUUUUGUCAUGAAACUCCUUCCAAGUGGUUCCAGUGAUGGCACAUCAGAAGUGGGAUUCUGUCGCCGCAUUUUCAUGCGGCCCUACAAUCUCUCCUGGUUGGUGCUGUUUUGGAUGCUGAGACAGAUGGCAUGGGAAGGGCACAAAACGGAUUGGCUCCAAGUAUCCCAGCGCUUUUGCUCGCGUUUCUCUUGCGACCCUCCGGCCACUAAGGGCACUCUGGCAAUGGCAAGCCCCUGGCUGGUGGCAGCGGUUACAGCGCAAGUGCUGAUGGGUUCCCUCUUUGUUUACAGUUUGAAAUUCACCACCGACUUAAGCCUUUUCUAUUCCUUGGGCGACAACGGAGUUCUCCUUACGAUACAGGUCUGGUGCAAGACUGCCCACAACGCUGGGGCUUGUUUCUCCAGCGUUUUGGGCCCUUUGAUCUAUCUCGAGAUGUCACCUGUGGCUCCCUUCCUGGUGGCUGGCAGCGUCUCCGCUACGACCUUCGUGGUCUUCAGCGCCUUCUUCGCCUUCCGCGUGGGGCUGCUGAACAUGGAAAGCGCCGAGGAACAACGCGCACAGCACAAGGGGAUCAAGCGCGUCUCUGCGUGGCGGUCACGUGGAUGCAACGGAUGCAACGGGGGAUGGUGGAGGUGGAUGGAUGGAUGA